AGCUUUAUCGCAGAAGUCGAGAGCGGUGCUUGCGCGUGUCUAAAUCACACUGAGCGGCUUUUUACCCGAACAGGCGCUUUUCCACCCCUCCUCUCCCUGCCCUACAGUCGAUCACCUGGGGAUCCCUCUUAUCAAGAAAGAGUAGCCCGCUGCUUUUCCCCCCCGUGCUCUCUGCACUGCCCCUGCCUGUGCUCAGAUACAAAGGACGUUGGGUCAGCCUCUUUGUCAGGACUUCAUGUCUGUAUUUUUCCCCAUUCACUGCCCUGAUUAUUUGAGAUCAGCUGACAUGACUGAGGUGAUGAGUGCUCCAUCCAUGGAUGAGAUUGGUCUAAGCCCCCGCAAAGAUGGCCUGUCCUAUCAGAUCUUCCCUGACCCAUCAGACUUUGAUCGGUACUGUAAGCUGAAGGACCGCCUCCCUUCCAUUGUGGUAGAGCCGACAGAAGGCGAUGUGGAGAGUGGAGAGCUGAGAUGGCCACCGGAGGAAUUCCUGGUCCAGGAAGAGGAAGAAGAAGAAAACUGUGACGAAGCAAAGAAAGAGGGAAAGGAGCAAUAAAUGGCAGAGUUUUCUGUACUACUUCAGAUGCCGUGUCAUCUUAAGGGGGGAGAACCACAACUGUUCUGAAGAGUCUUUUUCUACAAAAGACAUUCAAUUUUGCACCUGCAAAGAUCUUAGUUUUUUCCAUAUUCUCUAUUGAGAACUGAAGCGCUUGACGUGACAAUCUCCAGCUGAAACUAAGGAAGAAAGUUGGGCAGGGAAAACAAAUAUGGCUGCUCUUAAGAUUGCUGUUGAGGUUAUACGGGGCAGCAAUGAAAUAACAGGCUGCUUUGGUGGAGGAUUAGACAGUCGGGAAACAUGCUUUUUCCAAAGUGUGUGGGGUGAAAGAAAUCGGUGUGAAGUGUAAAAUGCAGCUGCAUUUGUGUAUGGAACUGCCUGUGGCUACAAAAGCAUGAGAAUAGUAUUCAUCUCUCAAACUUGCCUUCUUAUAGUGCUUGUAUGUGUGCGUGUGUGUGUUUGGGAGUUGGGAGGCAGGCAGUAUGGCUACUUGCCACUCAGAUGCUCCAAUGACAUUAGAGUAAGGCAGGCCUUCCUGCUGAGCAGCAUAGAGGAGCAAUGGAUCAAUAGCCAGUCCAGUAUCUCCUCCUAAAGUUGCAGCUUCUGUUGGACUGAUGAGAUUUGGCACUGGCUUGCCUAGCCUCUUACAUAAAUGUUCUCUCCUCUCUUCCCUGUCCCUUCCAGCCCAGCACACCUCUUGUUCUUAAAAAGUAUGCAUUUAAACCUUGCAGUGCUGAAUAGCGUUUUUUGGCACGGCGCUGCUUGCUUGCAGAUGGCCCUUUGCCACUUGUUCUACAGUACCUUGUGCAAGAUAAGCAAGGCUAACAAGUCAAGUCUGAUUCUUGCAAGUGUUUUUUUUUUUUUAAAGCUUCAAGAGAUUUUUGCCAUAAACAAAAAGUCUGAAGUAUAUUUCUUUUCCUGCUGUCAAAGCUGCUGUCAAGUCUCCCAGCCAAUAAUACUCCUCUGUACUGAAAGACACUAGCUUUUCGGUUGGCAUUGUGGUCUAGUUGUGUGCAAACCCCGGCUCAAAGGCUUGCCUUGUGGAAGUGAAUCUGGGCUUUUAAAUGCAAUUCACCUGAACAGAAAUUUGAAGAUACUCUAAAGGCAGAAUCACAGAAGUGAUUAUUGAAGGAAAGCUGGUCUUCUCUUCAAACAGACAAACGAAAAGUAUUAUGGUCUCUCAGUGUUGUGGAGAAGAUUAUGUGCUUUUUUGAACAUCAUAUGAUGGGCAAAACUUCCCAAGGUCUAAAUUACCAAUAAUAACCUUUCCUUUCGUCCUGUUCAUCCUUUUCUUAGGAGCAAGCUUAACCACCAGCUUUCUCAGAAAGCAGUGUUUCACCACAUGCUGAGACUUUACAGUGUCUGCUAGGGAAAAGACCACUCUGAGAAAUGAAAAACCAGUGGUUUCCAUCCUAAUUCUGGAGACGCUAAAAGAAUAAUACAAACAUGCCAUGGCCUUAACGGAAUAUUCAAACUAACCCUUAGUCUCCCAAGUCCCUCGUUUGUCAGCUCAGUUUUUUUAGAAAUCUAUUAGGACUUUUGUGUGUAUAUAUUUGUAUUUGAUACCUCAUGAGUAGUAAAAACGCUGAGUAUGGGGUCAGGGGAUUUGCUUGUUAAAUCAGCAGGAUUAUUUUUCAGUCUUGUCUUGUGUUUUCAACAUAAUGGCAAUAACUUUUUAACAGCUGUGAGUCAUUGUUACAUAUGGGUGUGUGAGGUUGCAGACUACUCCUGCCUGUUUUGUUUUUUAAAAUGUAUAAUGAUGUAGGGAUGUAGUUGGUGUUCUUGUGUGUUCUGUUGGCAGCCAAGAACCUGUCGCACAUGUACUACCUGUCUUGGUGGAUGGUUUUGUCAUCGCUGAAACGUGUAUUGCAUCGUUACCUAGCCAAGGUUGCUUUAAAACCAAUGGAUCCAGCUGUGAUCCUGAACUGUUCUCAUCUUGCUGUUCAGUAGAAUGAGCUUUGACACCUGCACACCAGCCUAACUCUCUUGCUAUUCCCCCUCCAAAAGUUACUUUUGUUGCUUUUAAAUUUUGUCCCGAGUUUGAAGUUGUCAACUGUUAACCACUCAGUCAAGCAAAAAUCCUUAAGGCUUAAGAUCAGAGUGGCAAUGCUGUCUGUCUUAUUUGCAUAUCCUUUUUUUGCCUCUUUUUUUUCAUUGUCGCUUGUAUUUCUGUCAUUUUUUUUAAUGUCUGAAGAACAAAGCACUCCAGUUGAACUUUUUCCUGUUGUAUAUUAACAUUCUAUAUUUCUGUAAUUCUUUUUGAGCCUCAGGGAAAAAGCUAGCAUUUUUUUCAAACGACAGUACUUUUGUCACUGUGACAGUUGUAAAUAAAGUUUGAAGAUGCUUUCCAAACA